UGCGGAGACUCGGCGGUGGGAGACAGACAGGCAGGCAGGGAGGACCGGGGUCUGAAGGGUUCACAGGAGUCGAUCCGAGUGAAGGUUUAACUAGUUUUGUUUUGUUUUGGACUUUAAAGCAACUGCGUGUUGCGGGGAAAGCUGUCAUGUCGGUGAAUAUGGACGAACUCAGACAUCAAGUCAUGAUCAACCAGUUUGUUUUGACGGCUGGAUGCGCCGCCGAUCAGGCGAAGCAGCUCCUACAAGCGGCCCACUGGCAGUUUGAGACGGCCUUAAGCUCCUUCUUCCAGGAGGCCAACAUCCCCAGUCACCACCACCAGAUGAUGUGCACUCCGAGAAACACUCCUGCCACGCCGCCGAACUUCCCAGAUGCCAUCACAAUGUUCUCCAAGCUGCGGGCGUCUGAGUGUAGCUCCAGCGUUGGCAGCGGCCCCUCCCAGGCGUCCAUGGCAUGCUCCCCCCCAGCCCCCUCCUCCACAUCGGGCUUCAGUUCCUUUUGGGCCUCCUCACCACCCAGCCACCAGCCGGCCUGGCUGCCCCCGUCAUCACCCACGGGCCACCACAUGCACCACCACUACCACCACCACCACAUGCAACAGACUCCCAUGUGGCCCCCCGUCUCUCAGCCCAGCGGCUCCCAGCAGCCCCCCGUUGUAUCAGCGCUCCAUGGCCAGAGAUGAGACAGGAACGAGGCAGGGAGCGAGGCUGGUUCAAGUGUAGCCAAAUGAAUCUGUUUUGGGAGGGUGGGGGAUGUCGGGGUUGGGGAUGGGAGGGUUUCACGUGUGGAACGAGAGGAAAAGGAAAAAGACAAAGAUACUGUUUUCCUCUCUUGUUUUUCUAAACUGAAGAUGAGUAGUCGGACUCAGCAGGAGACUCCUUCUCUCCAUCUUCAUCACAAGUCAUCCAAGCCGAGGAAGAACCUGGAGGGUCUCUGAUGAUAACACUGAGUCUCUGCAGAAACUUUUUAUCAUCAUCAAUGCAAAACAAGCCCAGGACUCAGCAGAGCACUCUCUGAGGAUAGGAGCCAUGUGAUCUGUUGAAGUGAUCUUUUUUUUUUUUUUUAAUAGAAACUCUUCUUCUUUCAGAGGGUUCAGAAAUAAUUUGACAGGAAGUCGGCAAUAACCAGCAGAUAAACAAAGAGGUUGUAGAUGAAUGGCCUCAGAUGUGUGGAGCAUGUGUACAGUGUGAACAAGUUUAUAGAUGUGUAUUAAUGCUGGAGCCAUGAAGUCAAGUUUCAUUUACAACCAUAAAACUGCUCUCCACAGUGAAACUUAACACUGGCCGGAUCACAUGCCGUCGUACUAGAGAGACACAACAGUUGGUGCAUAUUGUGCAUUUUUACCAUUACACCUGAGUCACAGACCAGAUUUACAACACAAAUAAACCCAGAAAGGUUGUUUGAAAACAUUAACCUCCUCAAACACCCUCAAAUCCAUCUGGAUGAGAAAAUACUUACUGCUGCUGCACAUUAAGAAAGAUUUUAAAUUAGUUUCUCAUCCUCUGUCGCUGUUUGCAAACUGUAAUGUCUAAUUCAGGAUUUCUGUUUGGAAAAACGAGGUCAGUCUCUGGAGUUCACUCUUCAGCUCCUUCUGCAGAGCUUGUAUUAGAAGCAAAAUUAAAUGAUUACUUUUUGAGCUUAAAAAAAACCACAGCUCUUAUGAAAAUGUACCAGUGCAGUCUGUGGUGUCUGUUACAGGCUGCUAAAAACAAAUAUUAAACGAUGAUAUGAGGUAAUUCAUAAAAAAUGACCGUGCCUGUCUAAACAUAUGGCGUGAACCACACUACAUACUGUUGAGUGAGGUUAUGUGUCCACAGCUGAAUUGAUUAUAAAUACACACUUUCAUGUUUCACGUGUUGUACAAAAAGAGCGUCGACAUACUUCUGACUACCUGGAUAGAAAAUACAGUCGCACGUUUCGAAAAUCUUUUUUAUGUUUGCAGUGGUCAGAAUAUUUUUUUCAUCCAGAUGGACACAAGUGUUUGAGGAUUCUGUAAAUCCCUUAAAAUUUGCAGGAAGUGUUAAUAUAAUGAGUAAAAUGAUAAUACACAAGAGGCACGUGUCAAACACAAACACAUGGUGAGGGAAGAUGUAUUGCAAGGUAGAAGUAUGAUCAGUACGUUUGGUAGAACGGCAAUAAUUUGAUAAUUGAAAGAGCUGCCACGUUUUUAUUUUUUUUAUUUUUUUAUCAUUUUAGCCCAACGGUCAAAGAAAGAGACUUUAAAGACGCCAUGUUGAAUAAGCAGGAGAGUAGUUUUUAAUUUUCCUGAUUGCAGCAAGAAAACCUCAAUAUUGAUUUUCUGUUGACUGAUAAUGAGGCAGUUUUGUAAAUAAAACCCUCAGCCAAAAUAUUUCAGUCACACUGAUGAUGAUCUCACAAAAACGCACAUUUUAAUUUGACAUAGUCAGGCGGUGAGCUGCCAGUACCUCUGCCAUGUCUCUCUCUGUCUGUCUGUCUAUCUGUGGGGGGGGGGGGUUAGAGGCCAACUCAGUGAUUUUCCACACAACCUUUCAGACGCUCAACCACUCCUACCUCUGUCUGUGUGAAUGGGAGAGGCCCCACAUGUGCUCUGAAUGUAUUCUCUGCUGCAAACACAGACAGGAUCAGAGGGUUUAAACAAGUACAAACUGCUGCUGAAGAAUUUACAACAGAGCUCAGCGGACGGCUGAAAUCUGUGUUCACACCUGAAUACAGUCCGGAGUCCGAAAUGAUUGUUUGGAUCUACAAAAACCUCGACCAGACUUUGUUUGUUCACAAAACCACCAGUAGAUUAGUUUCAAGUUUUAAAAAUGAAAACCAGAAAGUCACUGUCACUUCACGGGAAAGAGGAAGCAGUAGUUGUCGACUUCAGGGAGCAACGGGAUGCAGAAAGAAAAGAAAAAAACAAACUUUUAUUCUUCACAUCACCACACAGACAAUCAGCUCAGUUUCUGUAUGAUUUUCCUCUUUUAUUUGUUCACAGCGGCUCACUUUGAGUCUGUCUCUGGGAGGUAGGGCUUCACGAUCAAAGCUGUUAUUUUCCCAUCAUAAGAUAUCUUAAUUAAUACUGUUCAAACCCAGCAACCUGAUACGAUUAUAUUUAAUAUCAGAUACAGAAAUGAAUGAAAUGAUCUUUGAUGUAAAGGAAAAAUCCCUCCUGAAACACUAGAAAAACAGCUGCUGGUGAUGUUUACACCUCUGGACUUGCUUUGUUCUGUGAAUCUUUCACAUUCUUGUGUUGAUAUUUGACUAAAGGGCACCACAGUCGUUGUACAGACAUGUUUACUUCCCUUUCUCUGGGUCAUUUACCCUCUUUGAAAGGAGUUUUUGCAGGUUCAGUAAUAUGUAUAACAUUUUUUUGCCCAUUCUGAAUGCAACCGAGACAGUUUUACAUUUUCACAUUGUCAUCAGUUGCAGGCAGUCAUAGUUUUUGCAGACUGUUAAGGGUUUUUUUUAGUCAUAUAAUCCAUCACGUUAAAUAUUAAACAUUCCAGUAACACUGAGAGGUAAAGCAGUUAAAGUGCUGAUUGAUUUGAAAACUCUAGAUUAUUUUCAAUAUAGGGGUGUAAAUCUCAAGUUUUAACAUGAUACAAUUACCAUUGUUUGCCUGGCACAAGCCCACUAGCACUAUUUGAAUGUUUAGGCAGGAAGUAGGCUUGGAUGGAAAUGAUGACACAGAUGAGACAUAGGAAUUUCAAUAUAAAGGUGUAUCCUGAAGAUGACGAUAUGUCUUGAUGUUUAAAUUUUGCAUUGGUGAUUAUUGAAUCGAUAUACUGAUCUGGAUCGUUGUAUUUUUAAAUCCCUAUUUUAUUAUCAAUUAAUAUGCCUUUUUCUUUAUCAUUAAUUAAUCUUUUGUUUUUGUAAAACAUCAGAAAACAGUGAAAAAUGAACCAUUCAAAUAUAUAUAGUUUCCUUUGAUGUAAAAUCAGCAAAUUAUCACAUUUUAAAGCUAAAACCAUCAGAUGUGUUACAACUCUUAUGAUCUUUUACUUCUAAAAAUGACUAAACAUCAUUCAUUUAAAACGUUUAAGUUAAAUUUAAGGUUUUUUAUACUUAUACUCAGCAACAGUUUCAUGCACAAAACAUCAUCUGCUUAUUAAAUGUGAGUCAUUAUAUUUUAAUAGAAAAACCAACAAUAUUAAAAGUUAAGUUGAAUCAGCAUGAAAAACUUUUGAAGUACUUUUUGUUGAGAUUAAUGUAACUUAAUAGAAAUUAAUGCAGACUUUAUAUUUUCUGUGAUGGAUUAUACGACUCCAGAGAUUCUUAAGAGUCUGCAAGUACAUUUUUAUGCCUUACCAUAAUGACAUCUAGAACGGCAGAAAUAUUACAUUAAAUUGUCUCAAACACAGCAACAUGGUGAAAAGAAAUGUUGGACUGUGAUUUUGUGUUGAACAUGCCUUUGUGCUAUAAAUCAGGCAGGUUAAGACGUUUUUAUUGAAGUGUUUAAUGACCUGAGGGCGGAUUUUUCCUUUAAAUCAAACCAAUUGUGGACGAGUUGAGGCGGAUUUUGAAUGUCUGAAAUUUGCUGAACUCCUGACUGAUGAGUUUUGGUGACGGGACGUGUUGUCUGCUGUUGUGUUUAAUGAAUGAACUGCAGGUUUUGGAGUUUUGUGGGAGGACAGGAGAGUCUUUGUACAAGCUUACCGCAGGGUGCUUUACUCUGUUAUUAUCUCUGUGAUGGAGCUCCAUGUAGAGGUACAUGGUAACUGGAGAUUUGGAAACUGUAACCAGUAAGAUACAACUUAUGUGUCCCAACCACCUAGAAGAUUUUACAAACUGGGUGUUUUUCUUUUAACCUCCUGUUCAACUUUUAUUUUGCUCUCACCAAGUGGAUGACGGUAUUUUUUUUUUCUUCUAAUCCAUGGCUCUUUUAUAGAGAUUUCUCUUGAGUACUUUAUGUUCAUUUCCGCUGUUGAAAUUUGUAUUUAUAUGUUUAAUAAAACAAGGUAUGAUCUGC